AUGAGUGGAUCAAUUGUAAGGACGCUUAACUGGGAUGUUGGAUACGAGCAAAGAUUCCUUGCUGUAAAUCCAAUUGGUGAUGAGGUACUUCUUUAUCAAACUAACCAUGAGGAUCCCUUAUGCGAAUCUAAUGAUAUUAAGAAAGUUAAUAAUCGACCAGGUUUCAGCAAUAUCCAAUGCAGUGCAUAUUCAUAUUACGAUGUUGGAUUAACAAGUGUGGGCCAAAUUAAUGGUACUGUUUGCAUUUUUGAUAUUACUUCUAACAAUUCGUCAAUUUUAAAACUUCGACCUAAACAAAGUAGACCAUGCAAUUCGCUUUCGUUCAAUAAUAAAGGGAUGGUGGCAGCCGGAUUCGACAAAGGUAGACAAGAUAAUAGCUUGCAAAUAUGGAAUAUAGAGCAUUACUCAAGAAAUAGUAAUAAUGACCACAUUAAACGACCAACAUAUUCAUAUAUCCCUAAUGAAGCUAUUUUAUCAUCAACAUUUUAUCCUGAUCACGAUAGUAAUUUGUUAGCAGGUAGUUAUAAAUUUUUAAGAGAAGUUGAUUUGCGUACAGAUAUACCGACUUUUCAAAUGGCAACCAAAUGUACAUUGGGUAUAACUAUAGAUCAUUUCCAGUCACAUUUAUUCCUGUCAUUCAGUGAAGAUGGGUCAUUGGCGAUUUGGGAUAGAAGAAAAUUGCAUGGGAAUACAUCAAAAUCUAAACCUUCUCUGAGCGGCAAUGUAAUUACUGAGACACCUGUGUUGCAAUUCAACAAGUUGCUUAGUGAUUCAUCUAGGAAAAAUCAUGGUCCAUGUGUUAGAUAUUCAACUGUGAGACGGGGUGAAUUUUCAGCGGUUUUCAAUGGAGAUUUAAUUAGAAGAUGGCAUACCGGGAUAACGCCUAAAUCGAAAGAACUAGGAGAAAUGAAGCCAAAGAUGACUAAAGAAAGUAAUGUAUUACAAUCAUUGAAAAGACAGUCUUCCCAACUUUACAAACCCAACGAGGAUUCUCUUUUCGUAUCAAUGGUGUUGGAUGUCAAAACUGAUUAUGAGAGAGUAAUUUCGUUUGAUUAUUCUUCAGAUAUAUCCUCGAAUACUUCAACAAAUUUUGUUUGUAUGAGACAAUCAGGUUCAGUCUUUAGGAUGCCUGUUGUAGAAUGUAUUGAAUCCAUUGAUUUUAACUCAUAUAAUGAAUUUUCAAUUGCAGGACCAGAAGGUACCCUCACAAAGUUUUUGAAUGAUGGGAAUCUUCAAGAUGAUACGAAUAUGAAAAAAAAUAACGAAAUUUUGAGGACCAAUGAAUUAAGAGAUAUUAACCAAGAAGAUUAUUCAGAAGAAAUUGACUCUACUGUUGAUGACGAUAGUGUAGUUGCAAACUAUGGAAGAGAAGAAAAUUUGAAUAGGUACAGCAGGGAAGACGAGGAUUUUAUCCCUCUAAAUACCUUUCUUUAUACUUCAGAGGUUAUGAUGAAUGACAUAUGUAGUACUAUUCGAAGAAGGUCGUUAUUAGGUUAUGGAAUUGAUUGUGAGAAGAAUAUCAAAGUUCUAGAAAAAUUCGACAGUAUGGAUACCCAAGUAUUCUUAAAGAACACAUGGAAAUGGCUUACUUUGGCUAAGAAGUCUCUUGAUAAAGGGACAAUGAUAGCUGAAGGUUUGGACUUAGGAUAUCAAGGUGUCUUGGGGAUUUGGAAAGGUGCUACAGAAAUUAAUGAUCAAAAUAGGGUUAGAAAAGAUAUGGGUCAUAUAACAGAUCAGUUGUUUUCUCACGUUGUCAAAACGAUAGUAUCCUCAAAGGGAGAAAAGACAGCUAGUAUAAAUAUUUCAAGUAAUAGUGAGAAGAAAGCCCAAAGAAAAUUAUGUUUGAUAGUAUCAGGUUGGUAUUUGGCAGAUUCGGAGUUUGAAGAAAAAUUGAACCUUUUAAUUUCAUGGGGACAAUAUGAGAAGGCUGCAGGGUGGGCAGUUUUUCAUGGUAAUGUAGAAAAAGCAGUUGAAAUCCUAGCAUCUUCUAAAAAAGAAAGACUAAGAUUAAUGUCCACAGCGGUUGCAGGUUAUUUAGCAUACAAGAGUUCUAAUGUUAAUAGUCCAUGGAAAGACCAAUGUCGUAAAAUGGCCUCCGAGCUAGACGACCCUUACUUAAGAGCAAUUUUUGCAUUUAUAGCCGAUAAUGAUUGGUGGGAUGUUUUGGAUGAGCACUCCUUGCCUUUAAAAGAAAGACUAGGAGUUGCUCUUCGAUUCUUAUCGGAUAAAGACUUAACAGUAUAUUUAAAUAGAAUUGCUGAUACAGUCAUUGCCAAAGGUGAGUUAGAGGGGUUGAUAUUAACGGGUAUAACCCCUAAGGGGAUCGAUUUAUUGCAAUCUUAUGUUGAUAGAACUAGUGACGUGCAGACUGCAGCAUUGAUUUCGGCGUUCGGAUGUCCAAGAUAUUUUAGUGAUACACGAGUGAGUCAUUGGGCUGAUUGCUACAGAUCUUUACUCAACAGUUGGAGCAUGUUUAGUAUCAGAGCCAAAUUCGAUGUCGCCCGUACAAAACUCUCUAAGAAUAACACUGGUCUGUUAACCAUCAAACCGGCUCCAAAACAAGUAUAUCUACAAUGCAGCAAAUGUAACAAAAACCUAUCAAAGCCCAAAGCAAAUAGUCUGGGUCGCAACAAUGCAUCCUCGAAUGCUGCAGGGACCAACGCAAACAACCCGUCCGCCCUUCUAAAGCAAUUUAAUAAAAUGAAUCUUAAGAAAAUGAAACACAACUUCAAGUCAUGUCCCCAUUGUGGCGCCCCGUUACCUAGAUGUGCGGUCUGUCUACUUACUCUAGGCACACCUGUUCCUAUGGACUCAAGAGAUAGAGCGAAUGAUAACACGAUCAGUGGUAAAAUUGAAAAUAAUCUUAGAGAAUGGUUCAGUUUUUGCUUGAGCUGUAACCAUGGGUCGCAUGUAUACCAUGCAGAGGAAUGGUUCUCUAAGCAUUAUGUUUGUCCUGUUCCUGACUGUAAUUGUUGUUGUAACAGUAAAUAG